UCCCUCGGACACAGCGGAUCACCGAUCUAUGGAAAGAGCCAAAGAUGUCGGCUCGGUCAUGUGAUCAGCUGUGUCCAAUCACAGCUGAUCGCAUGGGACAUCUACACUGAUCAUCAGGGCACUCAUGAUCAGUGUGCCCUGAUGAUCAGUGUGGCCCCAGAAGUGCCACCUGUCAGUGUCCAUCAGUGCCAGCUGCCAGUGCUGAACAGUGCCACGUGCAUGUGCCACAUCAAUGCCACAUAUCAGUGCCUACCAGUGCACAUUAAUGCCACAUAUCAGUGCCCAUCUGAGCUGCCUUUCAGUGUCACCCAUCAGUGCCAGUCAGUGCCACCUAUCAGUGCUGCCAAUCAGUGCCACCUAUCAGUGCCAGUCAGU